AUGGGGCUUUCAGAUGAAGAAGGGACUUGUUCUCUGCCAACGGAGACAGAGCAGGAGUGGAGGAAGCGGAAGGAGUUGCAGUCGUUGAGGAGGAUGGAGGCUAAAAGGAGGAGGAUGGAUAAGAUUAAGUUUAUGAGGGUUGGGAGGGAGAAGGUUGAGUCGGAGGAUUAUUCUGGUGAAGAAAAUGAGAGUAAUGGUACUAAUACCAAUAAUAGUUGCCAAGGUUUAGACAGCAUUAAUGGGAACGGGAAUGGAAAUAUGAUGCCAUCAUCCCAGGCAUCAAUUGGAUCACAAGGCAGUGCUUUCUCUGAGAUUUCUGAAUUCCAUAGUCAACCCAUUCAAGCGAACGAAAAGAAUGGCACAAAAAGCCCUUCCAGCGUGCAUUCUCUUAAGGUUCACCAUGAGCAAAAACCUCAAGUGCCUCCUGGAUCAGUGGUUGGCAAGGCAGCAGUUGACAAGGGAGCAAAAGAAGCAAAGGAGAUGCUCAAGAAUGUAAUGCUUGAUAUGCCUUGUGUCUCCACAACUGGAAAUGGGCCAAAUGGUAAAAAGAUAGAAGGAUUUUUGUAUAGAUAUCAGAAAGGAGAGGAAGUAAAAAUUGUGUGCGUUUGCCAUGGAAGCUUCCUGUCUCCGGCCGAGUUUGUCAAGCAUGCAGGCGGAACUGAAGUAGAGCACCCAUUGAGGCAUAUAGUUGUUAACCCUUCACCACCCUUGAUUGUAGCAAGGAAGCUGUAACAUGAAUCCCCUUAGCACUUGGUCAUCGCUGCUUAGUUUUUCUUCAUUUGCCCAAUUUGAUUUAAUGACGUCCAUCACCUAUUGGUUAAAUUUGUUUGUGUUAGGCUGACGCCUUGACUGCUGAGGGGUUCCAUUGUUUCUUUUGUUACUUCUACUUUCAAAUGAGGUCUUCUUCCUGGUUUCAAGAGCUGA